CAGCCGUAGAUUUGCCCCAGCGCGCGCGUAGUGGAGCAGCCUUUCUCCGACGCUGCGCCGUGCAUCACAGCAGACGGGGGCUACGACGCCUGAGAGCGCAGCGUCCAUGAUUUUAGUGGCUGCCAUUUUUUUCUUGCCUUAAUAGCGGCCAAAAAGAUUUGACGUGGACGACCUAGGCCUUGAUCUCUCCUCCUUUCUCACUCUAUUUUUGUCCGAGGCCCGAGGGUGCGACCUUGGCGUCGGCGGUGGCGUUGUGGGCGAUGGCUAAGAGAGCGAACAAGCAGGUAAAUCUCUUCUACUGCGCCGAGUGCGAGGAGCUCGCCAGGAAAGUGGCCCAUCACUCCGACGCCAUCCAGCUCCGGACUAUCUCUUGGAGAAACUUUGAUGAUGGAUUCCCAAAUCUCUUCAUCAACAAUGCACAUGACAUUAGAGGACAACAUGUUGCUUUCCUAGCCUCUUUCAGCUCGCCAGGAGUCAUUUUUGAGCAGAUAUCUGCAAUUUUCGCUUUACCUAAACUAUUUAUUGCUUCUUUCACCUUGGUAUUACCAUUCUUUCCAACUGGCUCUUUUGAACGGGUGGAAGAAGAAGGUGAUGUUGCUACUGCAUUUACAAUGGCAAGAAUAUUAUCAAUGAUUCCAAAAUCCAGAGGUGGUCCAACAAGUGUUGUCAUCUAUGAUAUACAUGCUUUGCAGGAAAGAUUUUACUUCGGUGAUGAUGUCUUGCCCUGCUUUGAAACUGGUAUUCCUUUGUUGUUGCAGCGCCUACACAAACUUCCAGAUGCAGAGAAUAUCACUAUAGCAUUCCCAGAUGAUGGUGCAUGGAAGAGAUUUCACAAGCUAUUGUUGCAUUUCCCAAUGGUGGUCUGUGCAAAGGUUCGCGAGGGUGACAAAAGAAUAGUUCGAAUUAAAGAAGGAAACCCUGAAGGCCGGCAUGUUGUUAUUGUUGAUGAUUUGGUACAAUCUGGUGGGACACUUAUUGAAUGCCAGAAGGUCUUGGCUGCACAUGGUGCUGGGAAGGUCAGUGCGUAUGUCACUCAUGGCGUGUUCCCAAACAAAUCGUGGGAGCGAUUUCUGCACAAGGGAUCAGAAUACCAAUUUGCUCACUUUUGGAUAACUGACUCAUGCCCACUGACAGUGAAGGCCAUUACUGAUAAGCCUCCUUUUGAGGUCCUCAGCCUUGCUGGCUCGAUUGCUGAUGCCCUUCAGAUCUAAAGUUCAAUCAAAACCCUGCUAGAUUGUAGUUGCAGGCUUGUGAUCUUCCAAGUGUUCAAAUGAACUGACUUUAUUUUCAUGGAAUGAUCCUCAAUAAAUGAUUCUCAGAUCAGUGGAUCUCUGUAUACGAAUGUUCAAGUUCUGUCACUGUUUGCACUCUUUAGUAGGGUGAAAAAAAUGGUUUCGCCAGUUCGUCCGAGUUGAUUUGAUCUUUUUUUCCCUUCGGAUCGACUAAUGUUGUUGUUGUUGUUGUUGUUCAGAAUUAAUUGAGAGAAUUUCUGGCUGUUGUGACUUUUAUCUGCUAAUCUAGAACAAAGUUGCUUGUC